GCUGGAGUGCAUCUAGCCAUAUGAGAAGAGGAGGAGGAGAGAGAGGAAAGAGGGAGAGAGGCAGAGGAAGAGAAGGAGGAGGAGGCUUGGACAAAAGCAGCAGCUGGGCAAGGACUGAGAGAGAAGAAGGGCAAGGCACUUUAAUACCAAAGUAGCCAUGUCCGCCAAAGCCAUUUCUGAACAGACGGGGAAAGAAUUCUUGUAUAAGUAUAUUUGUACAUCCUCAGCCAUCCAGAACCGCUUCAAAUAUGCGAGAGUAACACCGGAUACAGACUGGGAUCGGCUAAUCCAAGAUCAUCCCUGGCUUUUAACUGAGCGUCUAGUAGUGAAACCUGAUCAGUUGAUCAAACGACGUGGCAAGCUCGGUUUGGUGGGUGUGAAUCUUGAUUUAAAUCAAGUAAAGACCUGGCUGAAGCCACGUCUUGGACAAGAAACCACAAUUGCCAAAGCUAAAGGUAUCCUAAAGAACUUCUUGAUAGAACCCUUUGUUCCACACAAACAGGCGGAGGAGUUCUAUGUGUGCAUUUAUGCAGCCCGUGAGGGAGACUAUGUGCUGUUCUAUCAUGAGGGUGGAGUAGAUGUGGGAGAUGUCGAUGCUAAAGCCCAGAAGCUGCUGGUGCGCGUGGACGAGAAGCUGCAUGAAUCUGAAAUCAAGAAGCAUCUAUUGCUGCAUGCCCCAAAGGACAAAAGAGACAUCUUGGCAAGCUUUAUCUCUGGCCUGUUCAACCUGUAUGAAGAUUUAUAUUUUACAUAUUUGGAAAUCAAUCCACUAGUUGUAACUGUGGACGGUGUUUAUGUACUAGACCUGGCUGCAAAGAUUGAUGCAACAGCUGACUACAUCUGCAAAGUGAAAUGGGGGGAUGUAGACUUCCCCCCUCCCUUUGGAAGAGAAGCUUACCCAGAGGAAGCCUACAUUGCUGAUUUAGAUGCCAAGAGUGGAGCCAGCUUAAAGUUGACGAUCCUGAAUCCCAAGGGCCGAAUUUGGACCAUGGUAGCUGGAGGUGGUGCAUCUGUGGUAUACAGUGACACCAUUUGUGACCUUGGUGGAGUGAAUGAACUGGCUAACUAUGGUGAAUACUCUGGCGCUCCCAGUGAACAGCAGACUUAUGACUAUGCCAAGACCAUCCUUUCCCUCAUGACACGUGAAAAGCACCCAGAAGGUAAAAUCCUGAUCAUUGGAGGAAGUAUUGCUAAUUUUACAAACGUGGCUGCCACAUUUAAGGGCAUUGUUAGAGCCAUUAAGGAUUAUCAAGGACCUCUGAAAGAACAUGAAGUGAGGAUCUUUGUCAGGAGAGGAGGACCAAACUAUCAGGAAGGUUUACGUGUCAUGGGGGAAGUAGGAAAAACAACUGGUAUUCCCAUUCAUGUCUUUGGUACGGAGACCCACAUGACUGCAAUUGUUGGUAUGGCUCUGGGACACCGGCCCAUUCCAAACCAGCCACCCACUGCAGCCCACACUGCAAACUUCCUCCUUAAUGCCAGUGGCAGCUCUUCGACUCCUGCCCCAAGCCGGACAGCAUCUUUUUCUGAAUGCAGACCUGAUGAGCUGGCUCCAGCCAAGAAGGCAAAGCAAGCGGCACCUUCUGAUACAUCCCCAUCUUCAAGACCUGUGCAAGGCAAAGCCACAACUUUGUUCAGUCGGCACACCAAGGCAAUUGUUUGGGGGAUGCAGACUCGGGCUGUGCAGGGCAUGCUGGACUUUGACUACAUCUGCUCAAGGGAUGAACCUUCGGUGGCAGCCAUGGUGUAUCCAUUUACAGGUGAUCACAAACAGAAGUUCUACUGGGGUCACAAAGAGAUACUGAUCCCUGUCUUCAAGAACAUGGCAGAUGCCAUGAAGAAGCACCCUGAAGUUGAUGUGCUGAUCAACUUUGCUUCCCUCCGCUCAGCUUAUGACAGCACCAUGGAGACCAUGAACUACCCACAGAUCCACACCGUGGCAAUCAUUGCAGAAGGCAUUCCAGAGGCACUAACCCGCAGGUUGAUCAAGAUGGCAGAUGAGAAGGGAGUCACAAUUAUUGGGCCAGCAACGGUAGGUGGAAUCAAGCCAGGCUGCUUUAAGAUUGGAAAUACUGGUGGAAUGCUGGAUAACAUUCUGGCGUCUAAGCUGUACCGCCCUGGCAGUGUAGCCUAUGUCUCCCGUUCAGGAGGAAUGUCCAAUGAACUCAACAACAUCAUAUCCAGGACCACAGAUGGAGUCUUUGAAGGGGUAGCCAUUGGUGGGGAUAGAUAUCCUGGGUCAACCUUCAUGGAUCAUGUUCUACGCUACCAGGACACUCCAGGGGUGAAGAUGAUAGUGGUGCUAGGAGAAAUUGGAGGAACAGAGGAGUACAAGAUCUGCAGGGGUGUCAAAGAAGGUCGGAUCACCAAACCUGUUGUCUGCUGGUGCAUUGGAACCUGUGCGACCAUGUUCUCUUCAGAGGUACAGUUUGGCCAUGCUGGGGCGUGUGCAAAUCAAGCUUCUGAAACUGCUGUGGCCAAGAAUCAAGCAUUGAAAGAAGUGGGUGUGUUUGUACCCCGAAGUUUUGAUGAGCUGGGUGACGUGAUUCAGUCAGUGUAUGAGGAUCUAGUUUCCAAAGGAGUGAUUGAGCCAGCUCAAGAAGUGCCUCCUCCAACUGUGCCAAUGGAUUACUCAUGGGCAAGGGAGCUUGGUUUAAUCCGGAAACCAGCUUCCUUCAUGACUAGCAUCUGUGAUGAGCGAGGCCAAGAAUUGAUCUACGCAGGCAUGCCCAUCACUGAAGUCUUCAAGGAAGAGAUGGGAAUCGGUGGUGUCCUGGGUCUGCUGUGGUUUCAGAGAAGGUUACCCAAAUAUGCCUGCCAGUUCAUAGAGAUGUGUUUGAUGGUAACAGCAGAUCAUGGCCCAGCAGUAUCAGGAGCUCAUAACACUAUUGUCUGUGCAAGAGCCGGGAAGGACCUCGUCUCCAGUCUCACCUCUGGCCUGCUCACCAUUGGAGAUCGUUUUGGUGGUGCUCUGGAUGCAGCCGCAAAGAUGUUCAGCAAAGCAUUUGACAGUGGCAUCAUCCCAAUGGAGUUUGUGAACAAGAUGAAGAAGGAAGGGAAGCUGAUCAUGGGCAUUGGACACCGGGUCAAAUCGAUCAAUAAUCCAGAUAUGAGAGUCCAGAUCCUCAAGGAUUAUGUGAAACAGCAUUUCCCUGCAACACCUCUUCUAGAUUAUGCACUGGAAGUGGAAAAAAUUACUACUUCCAAGAAACCUAAUCUCAUCCUGAAUGUAGAUGGUUUUAUCGGUGUGGCUUUCGUUGAUGUACUCAGGAACUGUGGCUCCUUUACACGGGAAGAAGCUGAUGAAUAUAUUGAUAUAGGUGCUCUCAAUGGCAUUUUUGUGCUUGGCAGAAGCAUGGGAUUCAUUGGACAUUACCUGGACCAGAAGAGGUUGAAGCAGGGUUUGUACCGUCACCCUUGGGAUGACAUCUCCUAUGUGUUGCCAGAGCAUAUGACUAUGUGAAACCAAAAAGAGCAAAUUAGUUGCCUUUACUGAAGGUCAAAGUGGGCAUGACUUUAUUGUCAUGCCCUAGCUGUCGAGGUAUAGGAAACCAAGGACUGAUCAGGCUGAAAUUCUAUACAAGGCAGCCUUUAUAGGCCUAGACGUGGAUUCUAUAAAUAAUGAUAAACCAAAACCUAUUGCUAUUUCUUGCUGUAUUUAAUAUGUAAAAGCAGUUGCACUGUCUAUGCUUUUUCUUUUGUGUUUUUUUUUUUUAUUUUAUUUUUCUCUUCCUCAUCCCACAGCUUUUCUGAAAAGAUGUCUGGCCAGAUUUUAAUGUUUUUUUAUUUUGGUCUGUGACCUCAUUAGACUUGAAGAACCCGCAAGUUAUUCAGUCUGUUUUACCAAUAAGAAGAUUGUUCUCACAAGCUGUAUAAUUUUGUGAUACAUUUGUCUUGUCUCUGUAUGUUCACCUUCACAAUUAUAUUUCCAAUGAGCAGGUCCUUCUGCUGUCUUAAUAAGCCAUUCCAAGUCUGGUGGUGUAAUUUUAAAAUGUAAACUGGUAACAUAAGCUCUUAUUCAAAACUGUGAAAUUUGCGUGUAUUCCAGUUUCUCUAUUUAUGCAGCUAAUAUUUGUACUUAUCACAAUACAACAACAACCUAGACGUACACUUCCUGCAAAGGCUGGACCACAGAGAGUAUGUGUAUACAUAAGAUACUUCAUCUCUCGGCCUCUAACAUAUCCACAACUAUGUAGUCCUUUGUCUCUGUAUUAUAACCUGUCUUAAAUAAACAGUACAAUAGUAA